AACUCACAACCCUCCCACUUUUCCCGGUCGGCGUUGCCCCAUCCUAAAACCCCGCCACCGCCGAAGCCAUGAACUUUAGCCCCAUAGCUCAAGAUAUCUGCCUCACCAUCCCUCAUAUUUCCUCAAACCCUAAUUCCCUCUUAAGUCUCUCUUCCCACAUGCGCCUUUCUCUUCUAUCCCCUCCUCUCUCCUUCCUCCGCUCCCUCGCCGGCUCCUUCUCUCACCUCCCCCGCCGCCGUUCCCUCUGCAACUACUGUACGCACUACCAACGCCGGCUCUUCCUACGGUCUCACCCGGGGGCAGCUAAAGCCAAUCAGCCUUUUCCCUCACUUCAGCAGGUGAACUGUCUCAGUCAUUCCGUCGAACAGUUGGCGUGCGGACCGCAGAGUUCAGAACCUCUGAAAAACUGGGACUUCUCGAAUUAUGACGACAGUGGGAGCGAUGUGUUUAAGCUCGAUGAUCAGCCGGGAGCUUUCAAGUUCGAAGGUGGAGGCGCGGUACUUGCGGGUAGGGACACGAAGCACUUGGAGUCCCCUGGAGUGGAGGUGAAGGAGUUGGAAGAGGUGCCAGAGCAAUGGCGGAGGUCGAGACUGGCGUGGCUGUGCAAGGAGCUUCCGGCGCACAACUCAGGGUCCGUGGUGCGGAUUCUGAAUGGCCAGAGGAAAUGGAUGAGGCAGGAUGAUGCUACUUACGUUGUAGUUCAUUGCACACGCAUCCGCGAGAACGAGGCUGCUCUCAAGGUUUACAAGUGGAUGAUGCUGCAACGAUGGUACCGAUUCGAUUUUGCUUUGGCUACGAAGCUAGCGGAUUACUUGGGCAAGGAGCGGAAGUUCUUAAGAUGUCGAGAAAUAUUCGACGAUAUCAUCAAUCAAGGCCGAGUGCCUAGUGAAUCAACUUUCCACAUUUUGGUUGUUGCAUAUCUUGGUGCAUCCAUUGAAGGUUGCUUGGAUGAAGCAUGUACCAUUUACAAUCGGAUGAUUCAGUUGGGAGGCUAUAGCCCACGACUCAGUCUGCACAAUUCUCUUUUCAAAGCCCUGGUAGCCAAACCUGGAGAAGAAUCAAAGAAUUAUCUCAAACAGGCAGAGUUCAUUUACCAUAACUUGGUGACAACUGGACUCGAGGUACAAAAGGAUAUAUAUGGCGGCCUAAUUUGGCUACACAGCUAUCAGGAAGUUAUCGACAAAGAGAGAAUUAUGCAAUUGAGGGAAGAGAUGGGGCAAGCGGGAAUAGAUGAAGGCAAAGAUGUGCUGGUGUCUAUCUUGAGAGCAUGCUCAAAGGACGGCGAUGUGGAGGAAGCUGAAAAGACUUGGCUCAAACUAAUCAGUUGUAAUGGUGGCAUCCCUUCUCUGGCUUUUGUAUACAGAAUGGAAGUAUUUGCAAAGGCAGGGGAACCCAUGAAGUCCCUGGAGACAUUCAGGAGCAUGCAAGAGCUUUUAAAGGGUGCUACUAUUACAGGCUAUCAGAAGAUAAUAGAGGUCCUGUGUAAUGCUCAACAUGUGGAACUUGCAGAACUGCAUAUGGAAGGACUGGUUCAGAGUGGUCUGAAGCCCCUUACACCAUCAUAUGUAGAUAUGACGACCAUGUACCUCGACUUAAGCAUGCAUGAAAAGCUCGAAUCGACCUUCCUUCAGUGCCUGGAGAAAUGCCGGCCUAACCGGGCUAUCUACAAUAUUUACUUGGAUUCGUUGCUGAAAGCAGGAAACUUUUCUAAAGCAGAGGAGAUAUUCAACCACAUGCAGAGUAUCGAAGCAAUUGGAGUUGGCCCCGGAUCAUGUAACGCCAUUCUUUCUGGGUAUCUUGCAUCUGGAAACCAUUUGAAAGCAGAGAAGGUAUAUGACUUUAUGUGCAAGAAGAGGUAUGAUGUUGAACCAUCAUCAAUGGAGAAGCUGGAAUAUGUUCUGAGCUUGACAAGGAAAGAAGUGAAGAAGCCAGUGAGCCUCAAGUUGAGUGCUGAGCAAAGAGAAGCUUUGGUUGGAUUACUGCUGGGUGGUCUGCAAAUUGACUCGGAUGAACCGAGGAAGAAACACAUGAUCCAGUUCGUGCUGAAAGAGAAUUCCAGCACGCAUUCAGUUUUGAGACGACAUUUGUACGACGAGUAUCACGAGUGGCUGCAUCCAUCUUGCAGGUGUAAGGAUGAUUCUGGUGAUGACGUACCUUACAGAUUUUCCACCAUCGCCCAUUCUUAUUUUGGUUUCUAUGCUGACCAAUUCUGGCCGAGAGGUCGGCCCAUGAUCCCGAAGAUGAUUCAUCGGUGGCUGUCGCCCCGUGCUCUAGCAUACUGGUACAUGUAUGGAGGUUAUAGAUUGCAGUCUGGGGACAUAUUGUUGAAGCUCAAGGGAGACAAUGAGGGAGUUGAGAAAGUUGUGAAAGCACUACGAGCCAGAUCCCUCGAGUGCAGAGUGAAGAGAAAAGGUAGGGUAUUCUGGAUUGGUUUCUUUGGCAACAGUUCUACAUGGUUUUGGAAGCUGGUCGAACCGUAUGUGUUAGAAGGGUUGCAAGAUAACUUGCAAGGAGGCAACCCAAAUGAUUCUGCAGAAGCUCGAGAUGUGAACUUUGACACCGAGUCCGAUGGAGAAGAAUCGGAACAGAACGGUAGCAGCAGUUAAAAUCGUGUUGUGUACACACUACUUGAUUGAUGGAGAAUAGAGGUGAUAAUGUAUACUGUUAAUCCUGUAGAGUUAAAAGUGUUACUUGAUUAAUCUGAUGACUAAGUUGUGAUUUGAAGUUACCGGCCAAUUGUCUGCUGCUAUUAUUGUGUACAGUGUACUUAUCAUUUGCAUUAUCCCUGGAAUCUCAGCACGUACUUUUUACAUAG